AUGGCUCACGGCCGGGAGCGCGAGGAGAACGCCUACGCCUCCGUCGGCCCUUCCCUGUCCGUGAGAUGGGUCCAAGGAUUCCCUAAGCAGAAUGUUCAUUUUGUCAACGACAGCACCAUUUGCUACCCUUGUGGGAAUUUUGUAAUAUUUAUUAAUAUUGAAACCAAGAAAAAGACUGUACUUCAGUGUAUGAAUGGAGUUGUGGGUGUUGUGGCAACUAAUGUUCCUCAUGAAGUUGUGGCUUUUUCCGACCGGAGGUUAAAACCUCUCAUCUACAUAUACAACUUUCCUGGAUUGACCAGAAGGACCAAAUUAAAAGGCAGCGUUCUUCUGGACUACACUUUACUGUCAUUCAGUUAUUGUGGCACCUACUUGGCUAGCUACUCCUCUCUUCCAGAAUUUGAACUGGCCCUUUGGAAAUGGGAAUCAAGUGUCAUUUUAUGCAAGAAGUCACAACCUGGUGUGGAUGUAAGCUGCAUGACUUUUAACCCUAUGAACUGGCGCCAGCUGUGCUUAUCAAGUCCAAGUGCAUUGACCGUGUGGACCGUUGAAAAAAGUAACCAGGAGCAUUAUUUAAAAGCAAAGUCAGUAAAACUACCUAUGGAAGAUGGGUCAUUUUAUAACGAAACAGAUGUAAUUUUCCCCACCUCGUUGCCCAAGGAUCUUAUCUAUGGACCGGUGCUCCCACUGUCAGCCAUUGCUGGGCUAGUAGGAGAAGAGGCAGAAACUUUCAGGCCUAAAGACGAUCUGUAUCCUUUGCUUCACCCAACUAUGCAUUGCUGGACUCCAACAAAUGACCUAUACAUUGGCUGUGAAGAGGGUCAUCUUUUAAUGGUUAAUGCAGAAACCUUGAAGGUGACCAUACUUAAUAAGAUAGAAGAUACGACAUCAAGGGAGGGAUGUCAUCUGAUUAAUCCAGUCACCAUGGCGUAUCAGAAGGGAGGCGUGCUGAUUUCUGGAAUUGAUGGCUUUGUGUAUUCUUUUAUUAUUAAAGAUUUACAUUACAAAAUAGAGGAUUUUCUUCAGGUUGAAGAGCCUGUGGAACAUAUGAUGUUUUCUCCAAGUUACCAAAUGUUGCUGAUUCAAACAGAGAAGGGAUCCAUUUAUAUUUACACUUUUGGUGAGGAGCCAACCUUUAAUAGAGUCCUAGAGGCUUGUGAUGGGAAAUUUCAGGCAAUUGACUUUAUCUCACCUGGAAAUGAAUACUGCAUGACACUCACACAUUCAGGGGAAGUUUGUGUUUGGUGUUUAGAAGAUGGUACUUGUGCCAGCAGGAUUUGUCUGAAUACCCCAGCGACGGUUCUGGCUUCCUCUCCCUCCUCCUUCUCUGCCGCUGUGGGCACCCAGGAGGGCUCCAUCCAUUUCCUGGAUGUCAGAGAUCCUGAGACCCCUCGGGCAGUUUACAAGGUCUUUCCCUCCGAAUGGUCUGUGCAGCACCUCCUUUAUGACCAGCGAGGGAUAUAUCUAUUAGUUGGAACAUCAGAAGGAUGCAUCUUUAUCAUUAAUGCCAAUCCAUCAAGCUUGUUUCAGAUCCUUGGAUUCGUAGAGGUGGGCAAAGACAUUUUACAAAUAUCCACAGUGUCUCUUUUGGAAAAAGACAUAGUAGAAGUGAUGGUGCUUUCGCCACUUCCGGAAACAGGAAGAAGCAGAUUGGAAAUAUUUACUCUGCCUACAACACUGCCACAAGUUUCUACAAGCUUUGCUGAUGAAAGAGGGAGGCUGAGAGAUGAACUCAUUGCUAAGUUCCUGUAUGAGAUAGAACAUACCCUGUCCUCUGCCGUGUUGGACUAUCAGAGUCACCAAGUAUAUGGCUUCUGUAACCAAGUGCCAUACAUCUGCAGCUACCGUCUUCCUGAAAAAGAACAUAGCGGUAUUUGCAUUCUUAAGCCAUACCAAAAGGUGCAAAGCAAGCACUACGGACCUGGCAUGCUCUCUCUGUCUCCGCAUGGAUUGUGGCUCACAACAAUAGCUAAAGGUGGAAUUCUGUGUAUCCGAGAUGUUCACACUUUGGAAACGUUUGCUCAAAGUCGGAGUCAUUCUCACCAGGGGCAUGGGAUUCAAUCAGUGAGAAUUUCAAUGGAUGGAAAAAACAUUCUAGUGAAUGGGAGAAAUGAUGGCACCCUUGUUUACCUCAGAUGGAGGCGGUUUGGAGGAAACUUAGCCAGUGAAAUUCUUGAAUAUUGCCAGAAACUUUUAAUUUCCCUGAGCAACACCAUGGAUGAGGAGAAUGAUUAUUUAAGUAUAUUAAAAAGAGAGUCCUUGAAUUUGGGAUCAACAUCUGAACACACAGUUGAGUUCCAAUACAAUACGAAGUUAAGCAUUGAUUCAUCACAAGAGGAAUUAACCCAAGUUGAUAAUUCAAAGGAAAUUCCCUGGCUACAACAAAAAAGCCAAGAGGCCAUCAGAAAGGAGGUUAAACUGUUUUCCAAGAAAAGGAAAGAGAUAAAAACAGGAAUCAAAGCACUUGCUAAAACCGUUCUGACUAUGAUGGAAGAAAAUGAAGCAAUAGACAAUAUUGCAAAAUUAGAGCAAAAGGAAUUUAGCCUGGAUCUUGAAGAACUGGAAAGGCUUCAUAACGAAAAUGAGGAAGAAGUGGCAAAGAUAAGAAAGGAUGCAGAGAUGCAUAACCUAGCCAAGGCCUAUUUGGCUGAACUUAUUAAAGAAGAAUGCUGGAAUGCGAUGGCUGUGAAAGGUCGAGCUCUUAAGUGCUUUCACAUGCCUUACGUGGUUGAGAACUUCCCAAUGAAAGAACGCACGGAUGAAGAGUUGAAAGAAUUAAAGAGAGUUUUGCAGCAAAAGAAGAUUGAAGCAGAGUGUCUUAAACUACGGAAGGAAAUUGUAGAGGUUCAGUCUGCAAUUACCUUGGUUAAAAAGCAUCGUGAAGAGGAGGAUGAAGAAGAGGAAGAAGAUGUGGCAGUAAAAACUAACAACUUGCCCAAUUAUCUGCUUGGCAGUCUGAGUACUGAUUUUGGGGUACAUGCCUCUCUGUUGUCAGGCCAAUUGGAACUUCAUUCCAGAGAGGAGAAAAUCAACCAAAUUAUAUUACUAAAAAUUACAGCUCACAGAUUUGUUAAUCCAUGGCAAAAAAACAAAACGCAAUUUACUGUGACCAGUAAAAUGGAGGAAUGGCUUCUGACACGGGGUCCUGACACAAGGCACCGAGCCCUGAUGGACAUGAUGGGAGGAGUUCUGGAAGUCAAGAAGGAAGAUAUUUUGAGAAUGGUGAUUCCUCAACCUGCUUUCAUGGCAAAACCUGAUGCUGUAUGGUCUGAAGAAGAGAGGAAACAAUUUAAAGAAUAUGAGAAGAAAGUUAAAGAGUUAAAUGAAGAAAGAGAGAAAUAUAGAAAGUCAUUAGAAGCAGAAAUGAAGAAACUUCAAAAUUCCAUUCAAGAAAGCACACAGAAUUUUGAUGAACAUUUGAAAAGACUCUUUGAAAGGAGAGUAAAGGCAGAGAUGGUUGUCAACCAGGAGGAACUGAAAAUAAAUAACCUCAUUUUUUCUUUGCUGUUGGACGAAGAAAUAAGCUCCAGAGAAGCAUUCCUAAACAACUACCUUAUAAAGAAGCAGGCGGAGAAAAAACAGACUUCAGAGGCCAUCCAGAAAGCCAAAGAAGACCUUGAUACGUACAGGGAACACUAUGACAACUUAUUGGCAGAAGACAAAGUUUUGGAUCGCAGCUUUAAAAAAGAAUUUUCUGAAAUUCCCAGUCACCAGGUGGAUAUACUCUACAAACUUUUUAAACGCCGACCAAGGAUUCAGAAACAGAAAAUACAAUCAGAUACUGCCAGUAUUGUGCCUUUUGGAGAGCGACCAGAAUCUGGGAAACUGAAUAAGGAUGCCUUUGCCCAAUUAAUGAAAGCCAUGGAUGACUUGGACAAUAUUAGUAACAUGCCAGAAGGCUUGGACCCCUUGGUCUGGGAUCAUUUCUGCCAAACCAGACGAGCGAAAGUGGAAAAUGAACAGAAAGUAAAGCAGAAAGCAGCUGGCUUAAUGGAAAUGGUCGCUUUCCUCCGGCGGAGAACUGAGGAGGAUGAGAAGUUGCAACAGGAAAUUGAAAAAGUGUUCCAUGAACGCACUGUAUUACAGGAAGAGAAGGUGAGAUUCCAGUUGAAUUUGACAAUCCAAAUUCUCCUUAAACAAGGACAAGUAGAGCUGGAAAAUUUCCAGUUAUUGCUGGAGUAUCCUGAUGCAAUUCUCAUCAACAAGAGCAUAAUUGAAGACUUGAAUUGUGUGAUUCGGGCUCAAGGACAAAAGAAAGUUGCUAGCAUGAUGGAAAGUAAAGAUGUCCACAAAGGAAUAUUUCAGAUUGAGUGGGAACAUAAGAAAAUGGAGAUGGAAAUGGAAGAUCUAAAUCAGAAGGCUUGGGAUAUUCAGAUGCUAUUUUUUUCCAGAGAUCGUCAAAAGUACCUAAAUGAACCAAACUAUGAGACUCUGAUUGCCAUUCAGAUUGGAAUAAUGGAGCAAACCAUUGCUGUUUUAGAUAAGACCCACAAAAAGAAUGUGGAAAACUGCAAAAAACUACUAAAAAAGCUGGGAAGGUACAGCAAUCAAAAAGAUAUAGCAAAUUAUACUCUGAGCUGCAAUUUACGAGAAGAGCUGGUGGCUGUCUCAGAGAGAAAGGACAUCUGUAAUGCAAUAGGGUCUCAACUGACUUGUGAAAAGAUUGCCAAAGAACAGUAUGAAAACAUGAUGCAUCAACAAAAGUUAACAAAUAUUUCAAAACAACAAGCUGAACAGAUUUCAAUACUGCAGGCCGAAGUUGAACGAUUAAGGAUGAAGACAUUUCCUGCUCUUGUUCAAAUGUAA